GAGCUGGGCGGGCGGCGGCGCUCGGGGCGGGGCGCGGCGGUUCCGGCCCAGCCAUGGCGGACGAGGCCCCGCGGAAGGGCAGCUUCUCGGCGCUCGUGGGCCGCACCAACGGCCUCACCAAGCCCGCGGCCCUGGCCGCCGCGCCUGCCAAGCCGGGGGGCGCGGGCGGCUCCAAGAAGCUGGUCAUCAAGAACUUCCGAGACAGACCCCGGCUGCCCGACAACUACACGCAGGACACGUGGCGGAAGCUGCACGAGGCGGUGCGGGCCGUGCAGAGCAGCACCUCCAUCAGGUACAACCUCGAGGAGCUCUACCAGGCUGUGGAAAAUCUCUGUUCUCACAAAGUCUCCCCAAUGCUCUACAAGCAGCUGCGUCAGGCCUGUGAAGACCACGUCCAGGCACAGAUCCUUCCGUUUAGAGAAGACUCACUAGAUAGUGUUUUAUUUUUAAAGAAGAUUAACACAUGCUGGCAGGACCACUGCAGACAAAUGAUCAUGAUCAGAAGCAUCUUCCUGUUCUUGGACCGCACCUAUGUGCUGCAGAACUCCACACUGCCCUCCAUCUGGGAUAUGGGAUUAGAACUUUUUAGAACCCACAUUGUUAGUGAUAAAAUGGUUCAGAGUAAAACCAUUGAUGGAAUCCUGCUGCUGAUCGAGCGCGAGAGGAGCGGCGAGGCCGUGGACCGGAGCCUGCUGCGGAGCCUGCUGGGCAUGCUGUCUGACCUGCAGGUGUAUAAAGACUCAUUUGAACUGAAAUUUUUGGAAGAGACUAAUUGCUUAUAUGCUGCCGAAGGCCAAAGGUUAAUGCAGGAAAGAGAGGUUCCAGAAUAUCUUAACCAUGUAAGUAAACGCUUAGAGGAAGAAGGAGACAGAGUAAUCACUUACUUGGACCACAGCACACAGAAACCACUGAUUGCUUGUGUGGAGAAACAGCUAUUAGGAGAACAUUUAACAGCAAUUCUGCAGAAAGGGCUUGACCACUUACUGGAUGAGAACAGAGUGCCGGACCUCGCGCAGAUGUACCAGCUGUUCAGCCGGGUGAGGGGCGGGCAGCAGGCGCUACUGCAGCACUGGAGCGAGUACAUCAAGACUUUUGGAACAGCGAUCGUCAUCAAUCCUGAGAAAGAUAAAGACAUGGUCCAAGACCUGCUGGACUUCAAGGACAAGGUGGACCACGUGAUCGAGGUCUGCUUCCAGAAGAACGAGCGGUUCGUCAACCUGAUGAAGGAGUCCUUUGAGACGUUCAUCAACAAGAGACCCAACAAGCCUGCAGAACUGAUCGCAAAGCAUGUGGAUUCAAAGUUAAGAGCAGGCAACAAAGAAGCCACAGACGAGGAGCUGGAGCGGACGUUGGACAAGAUCAUGAUCCUGUUCAGGUUCAUCCAUGGUAAAGAUGUCUUUGAAGCAUUUUAUAAAAAAGAUUUGGCAAAAAGACUCCUUGUUGGGAAAAGUGCCUCAGUCGAUGCUGAAAAGUCUAUGUUGUCAAAGCUCAAGCAUGAGUGCGGUGCAGCCUUCACCAGCAAGCUGGAAGGCAUGUUCAAGGACAUGGAGCUUUCGAAGGACAUCAUGGUUCAUUUCAAGCAGGUGAAACAUAUGCAGAAUCAGAGUGACUCAGGCCCUAUAGACCUCACAGUGAACAUACUCACAAUGGGCUACUGGCCAACGUACACGCCCAUGGAAGUGCACUUAACCCCAGAAAUGAUUAAACUUCAGGAAGUAUUUAAGGCAUUUUAUCUUGGAAAGCACAGUGGUCGAAAACUUCAAUGGCAAACUACUUUGGGACAUGCUGUUUUAAAAGCGGAGUUUAAAGAAGGGAAGAAGGAAUUCCAGGUGUCCCUCUUCCAGACAUUGGUGCUCCUCAUGUUCAACGAGGGAGAUGGCUUCAGCUUUGAGGAGAUAAAAAUGGCCACGGGGAUAGAGGAUAGUGAAUUGCGCAGAACGCUGCAGUCCCUGGCCUGUGGCAAAGCACGUGUGCUGAUUAAAAGUCCCAAAGGAAAGGAAGUGGAAGAUGGAGACAAGUUCAUUUUUAAUGGAGAGUUCAAGCACAAGUUGUUUAGAAUAAAGAUCAACCAAAUUCAGAUGAAGGAAACUGUUGAGGAACAAGUUAGCACCACUGAGAGAGUGUUUCAGGAUAGACAAUAUCAGAUUGAUGCUGCUAUCGUCAGAAUAAUGAAGAUGAGAAAGACUCUUGGUCAUAAUCUUCUAGUUUCUGAAUUAUAUAAUCAGCUGAAAUUUCCAGUAAAGCCUGGAGAUUUGAAAAAGAGAAUUGAAUCUCUGAUAGACAGAGACUAUAUGGAGAGAGACAAAGACAAUCCGAAUCAGUACCACUACGUGGCCUGACGCAUCUGCAGACGGUUCCCCUUCAUGAAACACUAGAAUGUACCCUCAGAACAGGAAGCACACCUGUGCCAUUUCUGGGACUCUGAUUGAUCCAGCUGUGGACAUUGGAAGGCCAAGGAAGGGAGGUGGCUCCUGGGUCAUCUUUCACAAGGCUCAAGACUUCAACCUGCAGAUGUAUCUUUUUCCCUCCAGUUUUUCCUCUAGUUCUUUUAGGCAUUUAAAUUGUUUCUGUUACUCUGUGCAAAAUAACUUUGAGAUUGGACAAGAAGAUGUUACUAAAGAGAAGUUCCUUUAAAAGGUCUUGUUCUUGUGUCAAAAGCUGAAAGUUUGGUUUGUUCUUGUAUGUGAUCAUGAGUGCACAAUGAAGAAGACCCUAGAUGCUGCAUUUUUUAGCUCUGAAGAUUUAGGUAUCCCUGAAGACAGCUCGCUCAGAUGAUCAGCAUUUAGAGUGAAAACAAGGGCCCUUCGUAGGUGAACAUUAGAAAGAGCCAGGGUUCAAAGCUGGCGAAUGGAUGAUGCAUCCUAGCCACUGGCCCCUCUGUGUUUCAUGUAUUUCCAAAAGUUGUAAACUUUGAUGGCUGAUUUUUCGCAAGUCAGGUUUCUAAGUGAGCUCCCUGAGGUGCCAAGGCCAUGGUGUCCGCCCUGCUGCGUCUCUUCAUUUCAGCUGAGUUGCUUGUGAAUCUCUGUUUUAGGGUUUGGGGCUAGUGUGUGUUUCCAUUCUAAGAUUGAGUCUGGCAGUCCCUGUUUUUUGCAUUGGGGUAACUGCUCUUUGAUUUUUUUUAAUUGCAGUAUUUUUAUGAUUGCAAUCAUAAAGUUUGGUUUCAUUUUUACAGUCAUGCGCAGGGACGAUCCUUGUUCUCUGCUGUAAACUGUAAAAAGUUUAUGGAGACUUAAAGUCUUGGUGUUGUGAAGCAGAGGUUAUUUUGUGGAAAGAUUAAGAGGAUUUUGUUGGUACCUGGUUUUGUGUUGUGUAUAUAUACAUGAGGUUGAACAGUGAAAGGAAAGUUCAGUAGUGAUGUUAGAAGGGUAACUAUGACAAAGAUACUUUUGAGAUAACAUUUAAAAGUACUUUAUAUUUUACAUAAUAGCAUGUUUCAUUUUGAUUAAAAGCUACCAAAGGAAUUUUGAUCAUGGCGUAAGUGUUUAAAGCAAUAUUUUCUGGAAUAUACCAAGUUUAUAUAAUUUGAUUUUGUGCUAAAUUAUUAAAAGAGUCUCUUUUUGAAACAUGCGGGUUUAAAAUAUGACACCUUGUGGGUUUCCAUAUUAAAAUCCCCACUCUUUAAUUGUCAUUUCUAUCUUUGAAAAUUUUCAUUUAUGAGUUCCAUGAUAUGUGGUCUAAGAAAGACCAAACAGAUUUCUAUUUUUAUUUCUUAUAUUUUAAGUUCGUUGUGUCUAGAGAUUGUUAAUAUUGUAAUUUAAUGUAGACUUACUUUGAAUAAAAUUAGUUUAAUUGACCUUAAAAUUACAUUAAUAAAACUUUGUGAUAUGCAAAUGA